UAUAUCAUUUAACUUAGGUUUACAUUAUUUUUCAUAACUGUAUAAAGUCACAAAUGCUUGCACUUUUACCACCUAUAAUAGUUUAAAAUAUUUUCUUCACGUGGCCUUAAAAUGUAUUGUUUUAACAAACAGCAAGAAAAAGGAAACAAUCAUUGAGACCCUCAUUCAAAUCUGUGACUAGAAGGAGCUAUUUUAACCUCCUGCAUGUUGACAGAUGACCACUUGUGUCUCCUCUCAGUGAUUCACUCUGCUCAGGGUCACUAUGCCCAGAAACUCCUGAAUGAUUUGAUGGAGAACUACUCCAGUGCCCUGCGGCCUGUGGACGACACAGACAGAGCCCUCAACGUCACCCUGCAGGUCACCCUCUCUCAAAUCAAAGACAUGGAUGAAAGGAACCAGGUGCUGAUUGCCUACCUGUGGAUUAGGCAGACGUGGCAUGAUGCUUACCUGAAGUGGAAUAAGGAGGACUAUGAUGGACUGGAUGUGAUCCACAUCCCUAGCAGCCUGGUGUGGAGGCCUGACCUCGUCCUCUAUAAUAAAGCUGAUGAUGAUUUCUCUGGGCCCAUGGACACCAACGUGAGGCUGCGCUACAAUGGGGAGAUAACCUGGGAUGCUCCUGCCAUCACCAAAAGCUCCUGCGUGGUGGACGUCUCCUACUUCCCCUUUGACAGCCAGGAGUGUAACCUCACCUUUGGUUCCUGGACUUACAAUGGCAACCAGGUAGACAUCAUUAUGGGCAUGGACAGCGGUGACCUGUCAGACUUUGUGGAAAAUGUUGAGUGGGAGUGCCGUGGAAUGCCGGCCACCAAGAAUGUCAUAAUGUAUGGUUGUUGCUCUGACCCGUAUCCAGACAUCACCUAUACAGUACUCCUGCAGCGUCGCUCCUCCUUUUACAUCUUCAACCUCCUCCUCCCCUGCUUCCUCAUCUCCUUCUUGGCCCCUCUGGGCUUCUAUCUGCCUGCAGACUCUGGGGAAAAGGUUUCCCUGGGGGUGACAGUUCUUCUAGCUUUAACAGUGUUCCAGCUCAUGGUGGCUGAGAGCAUGCCGCCCUCAGAAAGUGUGCCUCUGAUAGGGAAGUACUAUAUCGCCACUAUGACAAUGGUCACAGCCUCCACAUCUCUCACCAUCUUCAUCAUGAACAUUCACUUCUGUGGUGUGGAGGCCAAACCAGUUCCACACUGGGCAAAAGUCCUCAUCAUUGACUACAUGUCGAAGAUUUGUUUUGUUUAUGAAGUUGGUGAGAACUGUGCCUCUGCCUCCUCUUCGUCUUCUCGCUCCACCCAGGACGAAGUCCGUCACCAGCAGUUCAACACUCACAUUCAUUCAAAUGGUAAAACUGGGAGGCAAAGUAGCCGAGAGGACCGGCAUAACGACAAGUAUCCCAGAUCCCAGAGCUCCAAGCUGCAGCAACAUCCAAGAGUUCAGCACCACAUCACCAGAGAUGAGAGCGCCCACAUAUCUACUUUUGAACCUGGAAAAUAUGAACGCUCUAAUGGUAAAAUUCUGAUAAACGACUACUAUAAAGAAGACCAUAAGGUGCCGUAUUGUUCUGAGGACCAGAAGAUUCCCUGCUGCCCUGAGGAUAAAAAGCCUCUACCUCAGGGUCCCACUGUAACCUUUGGCCCCUGUGUCUUCUGCACCCAUGGCAGUGGCUUCGCUGGUAUGGACACUAAGCUAGUGCGCAAUGUUGAGUACAUAGCAAACUGUUUUAGAGAGCAGAGAGCCACGUGCGCCAAGGGGGCAGAAUGGAAAAAGAUAGCUAAGGUCAUGGACAGAUUCUUCAUGUGGAUUUUCUUUAUCAUGGUUUUCCUCAUGAGCAUCCUCAUCAUCGGUAAGGCACCAUGACCAAACUGUGGUUCUACAGAUUUUUUUUUUAAUUUGCAUAUUUAUACAGAAGGUCAAAUGGGACUAUUUUCAUUCUUUAUAAACAAAUGGGACAAUCAAACAUAUGUGAACUUUCCAGCUUUUCUUUAUUAAUCAUCGAAAACAAAUUUCAGCUUUCAUUCAUUGUUUUGUCCACGUGCAUUCAAGCCACUCUGCAUUCCUUACCUUUAAAAAUAUGUUUAACCUAUUAUGUCUUCAACACAUAAUGAUUUCAUGUACUGUACAUAGUGAGAUAAGUUUUCUGUUGUUGAUCUAAAACGCAACAAAAUGAGCCAGACCAUGACACAUACAGUAUGUGCAGGCAAUGCCAAAUAACAGAUCUAUUGAAACCACAGUUCAUAAAUCACUGCUUUCAGUUUACUUCAUCUCGUUAAUACAUUCGAUUUUACUACUUUGUCAGCUAUGCAGUCUAUAGCAUCUCAAUGUCUAGCUCGCUACAGCCUCCAUCAAUCAUGCCUUUGAUCUAGGAGUACUUCAUCAUCUGACCAUUGAAUACAUGUGAGGGGAUCAGCUGUCAAGUUAAAAUAUGACCAGUGGAGACAGCACAUGUCUUAUUCACAACUGUGUAAUCAGACGCCUGGGGCCGAGAGACGCAGCGUCAGUGCUAGCUCCUGAUCGGCAGAAUCAUUUUUCUGUUCAAAAUCAUCCAGUGAAUAGUUAAUGAGCAAGCUUUGUUUGUAGCACAGCCAGGGCCGUCAGGAUGUAAGGUAAUAUGGAGCAUCAAUUAUGUAACACAAUGUGCGCACUCUGACACCCCCGUUCUCCCGAAGGCCCAUCCCUUUAACUUUGAAAGUCAAGUGAAUGUGUUUGUGUGUGUGUGCAUGCCUGAACACUGGAAAGCCAAGUAGAAAAGGAAGAAAUAAAAGAGGUAAGGGCAAAAGGAAUGCAGGAAAAAUGAAAAGCAAUCAAUAAGAGGUUAAAUGCAAAUAAUUGUAUUAAUUUUCUGAGCCUUGUAUAAUUGAAAUUAUUUGCAUUUUUGCUGAACAAUACAGUUACUCAUACUACAUUUUAUAUGGAAAUAGUCUCCCAGAGUUCUCACCAUAAUUAAUAGAAGAAGUAUUAUGGCAAUUCUAUAGUUUAAUACUUCCUCAAAUCAAUAACUGGUCUAUCUCAGUUUACUUUAUAAAUGUCCUAGUCUGUCUCAGUUCAGCUCUUCACUAUGUGGGAUGAAAUUAAAAUACACACUACAACACUCAAGCUGAAUGCAGCGAUGCAUUAUGUCAACUGGCACAAUUAAUGCCCACUGAUAAGUUUUAAUAACUUUGGACAACAUUAGAGCCUUGGGCCAACACUUUGAAAUAAACUUGCACUUUAGUAAAAUUACACUGUGAUAUACUUAUUUAGGCGUGUAAAUGAUGGCUGCUUCUUCUUCCGUAUGCAUUCUCAUAAGUUUUCAUUAUUCCCGCCAAGAACUGCAAAUAUGAAGAAAAAUGAGUCGUAUUCUUUAAUUUCACAUUACCUUAAGCUCACAGUAGAGGGCGCUCACUUCCCACAUACCAUUGUAGUGGUGGUGGAUGCCCGAAAGCUUACUGUUUGAAGCUGCAUGUGGCAACAGAAGUGUACAAGAUUUGCAGCUCAGAAGCAUUCCCACUCAUUUUUCAUCUUCUGCAGAGACCUGCUCACAUAACUUCACUACUGAGAGGAGGCAAAAAAUAUUUAUUCCUCUGGUAGAGUAUGGCAAGUGGUUAUAGCUCUGUGUCUCACUCACUUCCAUUCUGUAACCAGUUCAUUAAUUUUAAUUGACCUGGAGGCUAAUAAUUAAAUUAAUUUUCUAAGUAAAAAUGUUUUAGCAGUAGGGGGCAUAACUUUUGAUUGUUCUGUGUGCUCUGUUUGACAGAAUUUGAUAGACAUGGUGAGAUAGUGUUGUGUUUUUUCCCUCCACCUCUCCAAAGUGAUUGUCAUGGUGAAGCAGAGAGAGAGGUGAACCAUGUAAUCUGGGCAGGCUCAGCAGCUCAGGCACUCUGGGAAACAUUGCUUGGGAAAUUACCAAGAGCCUGGCACAAUUUCACUUGAAAGCAUUAUUUAUCUUUAGGUUGUUUUGUACAAAACAACAGAAGUACAAAAAUGAGGAUCACUGUGAUACGGUUAUUUCACCAGUGAAAAGUAACUGCUUUCAUGCCAUUUUGUACUACUUUGAGACACUUUACAAAAGUCUUUAUGCAUCUAAUGCAUUUUAAAGACUGCACCAUUUCUGUUUAAUAGAGCUUUACACAAAUUACACACAUAAAUCCGUCCGUCCAUCCAUCCAUCCAUCCAUCCAUCCAUCCAUCCAUCCAUCGAUUUUCUUUUACUUAUCCAAUUCAGGGUUGAGGGGGGAGCUGAAGCCUGUCACAGAGCGAGAGGCAGGGUACACCCUGUACUGGUCAUUAGUCUUAUCACAGGGCUCAGUAAUGACAUAUAAUAAAUGUUAAUCAUUAAUCUUUGAUGUAAAUUCAUUGUUUACAUCAAAGGAAUUACAGAAGACCAAAUACCCCACAAAUACAAUUAGCAGUUUACAUCCUAUAUGGGCGGCUUUUGGAAAAAAGGAGGAUACUUUUAUUUAUUGUAUUUGUGUGUAGCAGGGUUGUUCUGGGUAAAUUACAGUAAUGUGUCUUAAAAUGUUUAAUAAUUGUGAGGUGUUGUAAACUUGGACGUGCUCUCAGUAGAUUCAGAUUUAGUGUGUGAUAGAAAAAAAUGGAUUCUGUCAUUGCAUUUAAAUACAGUGGUCCUCUUGGUUAUUGUCAGAGCUAUAAAAAUGAAUGGUGUAGACUCCUGUCUUACUUCAAAUAUGGAAAGCUCCCUGGAUGACAAAUGAAUAGGCAGGGAGGGAUGCUGAGGCUGAGGAUCUCUGAUGGAUGUUCAUGACCUCUGGCCACAUUGUUUGAACUGGAGUGCAGAGAAAGCGAUCAGUUGAAUUUAGACAAUGCUGACAUGUUACUUGUGACCCAUCUGGUGCAUUUUUUGGGCAUUGUCAGCUGUUCAUUUUUGUCAAAAUACAGAAUCCUAUACAAAUCCUUCAAGAUAGAAUCUGUCUGGCACCCUUGUAGGUAGCCUAUUUAAAUUAAAUGGAGAGAUCCAAAACUUUAAUGGUCACAGUAGAUAAAAAUGUCAAGCGCAGAUUUACCUUUCUAAUGUAAA